GUGUACAUUUACUUCAAACUUUUUCUGGUUACUGGUUUGUCUCAUUAACCAAAUGAAAUAAUUGUUCAGUAGGUUUUAUACUUUGUCUCAUUAUCAACCUCUUCAUGAUUUCUAGAACAUGAAAACACACUUAAAUAGGAAGUAGACAGGAAGUAAAGGAGGAAAUCAGCCAAGUCACAGCACGAAGGAAAAGGUGACAAGACAAGAGGAAGUGACAAGAGGAAAUUAAUAUUUUUGACACGUGGGGUACUCUGGGUGUUUGACAAAGUUUCGCCUACAAGUGUGCCUUGGGCUUGCCUUCAACUUUUGGGCUGUAAAAAAAAACGUGAAAUAUAGUUAGAGUUUUUUUGACGCAGUUUAAUAGGAACUGACCAUAGAAGAAACUCCACCUCUUUCGUUGCAUGAAGAAACAUAAAACAUCACUUGUCGUUACUUCAUGAAGUUCAUUGUGAGAAGAAAGCAGCAGUGAACGUUGUAAUUAACAUCAAACUGAUUUACAUCUUAAGGACCAGGAUGAUGAAUCUUCACCUCACUUUAACACUCGUUGGUGUUCUUAGAGCUUCUCUGCUGGCUGAUGGUAUUAACAUACGACUCACUGGUGGCAACAACCCCUGCUCUGGUAGAGUGGAGAUCCUGUAUAAUGGUCAGUGGGGAACAGUGUGUGAUGACUACUGGGACCUGAAUGAUGCAGAGGUGGUGUGUAGACAGAUUGGAUGUGGUAAAGCUGUCACUGCUCAUCAAAGUGCCCACUUUGGUCAGGGAAGUGGCAAAAUAUGGCUGGAUGAUGUUCAGUGUUCUGGAAGUGAAAGCACCAUCACACAGUGCUCUCACAGAGGAUUUGGAGUACACGACUGUAGCCAUGGUGAAGAUGCUGGUGUUACUUGCUCAGUCCGAGAGAUCAGGCUGGUGAAUGGUCCGAGUAAAUGUUGUGGUCGAGUGGAGAUCCAGCACAGAGCCCAGUGGGGAACAGUGUGUGUUGAUAACUGGGACUUAAAGGAUGCAGAGGUGGUGUGUAGACAGCUUGGAUGUGGUAAAGCCAUCAGCAUGCCUCAAUAUUCCCGCGUUGGUCAGGGAAGUGAACCAACCUGGCUGGGUAAUGUUCAGUGUAAAGGAACUGAGAGCUACAUAGAUCAGUGUUCACACAGUGGAUUUGGAGUAAAGCACUGUGGACAUCAUGAAGAUGCAGGUGUUGUUUGCUCAAACAUGUCAAGUCCAACACUGACCCGGAUCUCCUCAAACUCUGUGGUCUCACCUGGAGAAGUCCUUCAGUUCACAUGUACCACACCCAGUCCAUCAUGCAUCUCUGUAGAUUUCAGUUUGUAUAAAACUGGGACAUUGAUAAAGAAACAAACUGCAGAGAAUACAACAACAUUUAAUCUGACUGUAAAUGCCUCACAUCAGGGUCAGUAUACCUGUGACUACUCAUACAGGGAAAGUGUCUCCACAUCAUCCAGGAGCAACUCCAUUACCAUCACUGUGGUGAACUUGCAGCAGCCCAGUAUCUCCUUCAUUGCUGCUGAUGGAUUGUACCACUAUGGGCCUGAAGGACCAGAAAUUAUCAAGAGCUAUGGCUUCUCCAUCAUCUGCUCCACUGGAUCUCAGUAUGCAGGAGGUUCCUUCCAUUUGGGGUUCAGAGGAAUCCACAUCACCAGAACUCAGUCAGCUUUUAACCACUCGGCUGUCUUCAUUUUUCCUGAAGCAGAUUUUGAUCAUCAGGGAAACUACAGCUGUACUUAUGAAGUUAAAGUGUCUUCACGUACCUUUACCUCCACUACCACAGAACCCCUUUUUGUUGCUGUUAAAGUCCGAGAAAUCAGGCUGGUGAAUGGUCCUAGUAAAUGUUGUGGUCGAGUGCAGAUCCAGCACAGAGCCCAGUGGGGAACAGUGUGUGAUGAUAACUGGGACUUAAAGGAUGCAGAGGUGGUGUGUAGGCAGCUUGGAUGUGGUAAAGUCACCAGCGCUCCUCGAAAGUCCCACUUUGGUCAGGGAAGUGAACCAACCUGGCUGGGUAAUGUUCAGUGUAAAGGAACUGAGAGCUACAUAGAUCACUGCUCACACAGUAGAUUUGGAGUAGAGAACUGUGGACAUGAUGAAGAUGCAGGUGUCGUUUGCUCAAACAUGCAGAGUCCAACACUGACUCGAAUCUCCCCAAACUCUGUGGUCUCACCUGGAGAAGUCCUGCAGUUCACAUGUACCACACCCAGUCCAUCAUGCAUCUCUGUAGACUUCAGUUUGUAUAAAACUGGGACAUUGAUAAAGAACCAAACUGCAGAGACUACAACAACAUUUACUCUGACUGUAGAUGCCUCAAAUCAGGGUCAGUACACCUGUGACUACUCAUACAGGGAAAGUGUCUCUACAUCAUCCAGGAGCAACUCCAUUACCAUCACUGUGGUGAACUUGCAGCAGCCCAGUAUCUCCUUCAUUGCUGCUGAUGGAUUGUACCACUAUGGGCCUGAAGGACCAGAAAUUAUCAAGGGCUAUGGAUUCUCCAUCAUCUGCUCCACUGGAUCUCAGUAUGCAGGAGGUUCCUUCCAUUUGGGGUUCAGAGGAAUCCACAUCACCAGAACUCAGUCAGCUUUUAACCACUCGGCUGUCUUCAUUUUUCCUGAAGCAGAUUUUGAUCAUCAGGGAAACUACAGCUGUUCUUAUGAAGUUAAAGUGUCUUCACGUACCUUUACCUCCACUACCACAGAACCCCUUUUUGUUGCUGUUAAAGUCCGAGAGAUCAGGCUGGUGAAUGGUCCGAGUAAAUGUUGUGGUCGAGUGGAGAUCCAGCACAGAGCCCAGUGGGGAACAGUGUGUCAUGAUAACUGGGACUUAAAGGAUGCAGAGGUGGUGUGUAGGCAGCUUGGAUGUGGUAAAGCCAUCAGCGCUCCUCGAAAGUCCCACUUUGGUCAGGGAAGUGAACCAACCUGGCUGGGAAAUGUUCAGUGUACAGGAACUGAGAGUUACAUAGAUCAGUGUUCACACAGUGUAUUUGGAGUAAAGAACUGUGGACAUGAUGAACAUGCUGGAGUCGUUUGCUCAAACAUGCAGAGUCCAACACUGACUCGGAUCUCCCCAAACUCUGUGGUCUCACCUGGAGAAGUCCUGCAGUUCACAUGUACCACAUCCAGUCCAUCAUGCAUCUCUGUAGGAUUCAGUUUGUAUAAAACUGGGACAUUGAUAAAGAAACAAACUGCAGAGACUAGAACAACAUUUACUCUGACUGUAGAUGCCUCACAUCAGGGUCAGUACUCCUGUGACUACUCAUACAAGGAAAGUGACUCCACAUCAUCCAGGAGCAACUCCAUUAACAUCACUGUGGUGAACUUGCAGCAGCCCAAUAUCUCCUUCAGUGCUGCUGAUGGAUGGUACCACUACGGGCCUGAAGGAUCAGAAAUGAUCAGGGGCUAUGGCUUCUCCAUCAUCUGCUCCACUAGACCUCAGUAUACAGGAGGUUCCUUCCACUUAAGGUUUAGUGGAUCCAACAUCACCAGAACUCAGUCAGCUGUUAACCACUUGGCUGUCUUCAUUUUUCCUGAAGUAGAUUUUGAUCAUCAGGGAAACUACAGCUGUACUUAUGAAGUUAAAGUGUCUUCACGUACCUUUACCUCCACUACCACAGAACCCUUUUUAAUCACUGUGAAAGAUGACGCUAACAUACGACUCACUGGUGGCAGCAAUUCCUGCUCUGGUAGAGUGGAGAUCCUGUAUAAUGGUCAGUGGGGAACAGUGUGUGAUGACGACUGGGACCUGAAUGAUGCAGAGGUGGUGUGUAGACAGAUUGGAUGUGGUAAAGCUGUCACUGAUCAUCAAAGUGCCCACGUUGGUCAGGAAAGUGUCCCAGUAUGGCUGAGUGAUGUUCAGUGUUCUGGAAGUGAAAGCACCAUCACACAGUGCACUCACAGUGGAUUUGGAUCACACAACUGUAGCCACGGUGAAGAUGCUGGUAUUACUUGCUCAGUCCGAGAGAUCAGGCUGGUCAAUGGUCCGAGUAAAUGUUGUGGUCGAGUGGAGAUCCAGCACAGAGACCAGUGGGGAACAGUGUGUGAUGAUAACUGGGACUUAAGGGAUGCAGAGGUGGCGUGUAGGCAGCUUGGAUGUGGAAAAGCCAUCAGCGCUCCUCGAAAGUCCCCCUUUGGUCAGGGAAGUGAACCAACCUGGCUGGAUAAUGUUCAGUGUAAAGGAACUGAGAGCUACAUAGAUCAGUGUUCACACAGUGGAUUUGGAGUAGAGAACUGUGGACAUGAUGAACAUGCUGGAGUCGUUUGCUCAAAUAUGCAGAGUCCAACACUGACUCGGAUCUCCCCAAACUCUGUGGUCUCACCUGGAGAAGUCCUUCAGUUCACAUGUACCACACCCAGUCCAUCAUGCAUCUCUGUAGACUUCAGUUUGUAUAAAACUGGGACAUUGAUAAAGAAACAGACUGCAGAGAUUACAACAACAUUUACUCUGACUGUAGAUGCAUCACAUCAGGGUCAGUACACCUGUGACUACUCAUACAGGGAAAGUAACUCUACAUCAUCCAGGAACAAUUCCAUUAAUAUCACUGUGGUGAAAUUGCAGCAGCCCAGUAUCUCCUUCAGUGCUGCUGAUGGAUGGUACCACUACGGGCCUGAAGGAUCAGAAAUGAUCAGAGGCUAUGGCUUCUCCAUCAUCUGCUCCACAAGACCUCAGUAUACAGGAGGUUCCUUCCACUUAAGGUUUAGUGGAUCCAACAUCACCAGAACUCAGUCAGCUGUUAACCACUCGGCUGUCUUCAUUUUUCCUGAAGUAGAUUUUGAUCAUCAGGGAAACUACAGCUGUACUUAUGAAGUUAAAGUGUCUUCACGUACCUUUACCUCCACUUCCACAGAACCCUUUUUAAUCACUGUGAAAGAUGACGCUAACAUACGACUCACUGGUGGCAGCAAUUCCUGCUCUGGAAGAGUGGAGAUCCUGUAUAAUGGUCAGUGGGGAACAGUGUGUGAUGACAACUGGGACCUGAAUGAUGCAGAGGUGGUGUGUAGACAGAUUGGAUGUGGUAAAGCUGUCACUGCUCAUCAAAGUGCCCACUUUGGUCAGGAAAGUGUCCCAGUAUGGCUGGGUGAUGUUCAGUGUUCUGGAAGUGAAAGCACCAUCACACAGUGCACUCACAGUGGAUUUGGAUCACACAACUGUAGCCACGGUGAAGAUGCUGGUGUUACUUGCUCAGUCCGAGAGAUCAGGCUGGUCAAUGGUCCGAGUAAAUGUUGUGGUCGAGUGGAGAUCCAGCACAGAGACCAGUGGGGAACAGUGUGUGAUGAUAACUGGGACUUAAGGGAUGCAGAGGUGGCGUGUAGGCAGCUUGGAUGUGGAAAAGCCAUCAGCGCUCCUCGAAAGUCCCCCUUUGGUCAGGGAAGUGAACCAACCUGGCUGGGUAAUGUUCAGUGUAAAGGAACUGAGAGCUACAUAGAUCAGUGUUCACACAGUGGAUUUGGAGUAGAGAACUGUGGACAUGAUGAACAUGCUGGAGUUGUUUGCUCAAAUAUGCAGAGUCCAACACUGACUCGGAUCUCCCCAAACUCUGUGGUCUCACCUGGAGAAGUCCUUCAGUUCACAUGUACCACACCCAGUCCAUCAUGCAUCUCUGUAGACUUCAGUUUGUAUAAAACUGGGACAUUGAUAAAGAAACAGACUGCAGAGAUUACAACAACAUUUACUCUGACUGUAGAUGCCUCACAUCAGGGUCAGUACACCUGUGACUACUCAUACAGGGAAAGUAACUCUACAUCAUCCAGGAACAACUCCAUUAAUAUCACUGUGGUGAAAUUGCAGCAGCCCAGUAUCUCCUUCAGUGCUGCUGAUGGAUGGUACCACUACGGGCCUGAAGGAUCAGAAAUGAUCAGAGGCUAUGGCUUCUCCAUCAUCUGCUCCACUAGACCUCAGUAUACAGGAGGUUCCUUCCACUUAAGGUUUAGUGGAUCCAACAUCACCAGAACUCAGUCAGCUGUUAACCACUCGGCUGUCUUCAUUUUUCCUGAAGUAGAUUUUGAUCAUCAGGGAAACUACAGCUGUACUUAUGAAGUUAAAGUGUCUUCACGUACCUUUACCUCCACUUCCACAGAACCCUUUUUAAUCACUGUGAAAGAUGACGCUAACAUACGACUCACUGGUGGCAGCAAUUCCUGCUCUGGCAGAGUGGAGAUCCUGUAUAAUGGUCAGUGGGGAACAGUGUGUGAUAACGACUGGGACCUGAAUGAUGCAGAGGUGGUGUGUAGACAGAUUGGAUGUGGUAAAGCUGUCACUGCUCAUCAAAGUGCCCACUUUGGUCAGGAAAGUGUCCCAGUAUGGCUGGGUGAUGUUCAGUGUUCUGGACGUGAAAGCACCAUCACACAGUGCACUCACAGUGGAUUUGGAUCACACAACUGUAGCCACGGUGAAGAUGCUGGUGUUACUUGCUCAGUCCGAGAGAUCAGGCUGGUCAAUGGUCCGAGUAAAUGUUGUGGUCGAGUGGAGAUCCAGCACAGAGCCCAGUGGGGAACAGUGUGUGAUGAUAACUGGGACUUAAAGGAUGCAGAGGUGGUGUGUAGGCAGCUUGGAUGUGGUAAAGCCAUCAGCACUCCUCGAAAGUCCCACGUUGGUCAGGGAAGUGAACCAACCUGGCUGGGUAAUGUUCAGUGUAAAGGAACUGAGAGGUACAUAGAUCAGUGUUCACACAGUGUAUUUGGAGUAAAGAACUGUGGAAAUGAUGAACAUGCUGGAGUCGUUUGCUCAAACAUGCAGAGUCCAACACUGACUCGGAUCUCCCCAAACUCUGUGGUCUCACCUGGAGAAGUCUUGCAGUUCACAUGUACCACAUCCAGUCCAUCAUGCAUCUCUGUAGACUUCAGUUUGUAUAAAACUGGGACAUUGAUAAAGAAACAAACUGCAGAGACUAGAACAACAUUUACUCUGACUGUAGAUGACUCACAACAGGGUCAGUACACCUGUGACUACUCAUACAAGGAAAGUGUCUCUAUAUCAUCCAGGAGCAACUCCAUUACCAUCACUGUGGUGAACUUGCAGCAGCCCAGUAUCUCCUUCAGUGCUGCUGAUGCAUGGUACCACUAUGGGCCUGAAGGACCAGAAAUGAUCAGGGGCUAUGGCUUCUCCAUCAUCUGCUCCACUAGACCUCAGUAUGCAGGAGGUUCCUUCCACUUGGGGUUUAGUGGAUCCAACAUCACCAGAACUCAGUCAGCUGUUAACCACUCAGCUGUCUUCAUUUUUCCUGAAGCAGAUUUUGAUCAUCAGGGAAACUACAGCUGUACUUAUGAAGUUAAAGUGUCUUCACGUACCUUUACCUCCACCACUACUGAAAGCCUGCUCAUCUCUGUCAAAGUAUCUAUAUCUCCGUUCAUUGGUUUCGGAGUGACGGCACUACUGCUUCUCCCUUUGCUGCCUGUCAUCAUUUGGGUUGUGAAGAAAAUUAAAAGACCAAAAUAUCAGAACGAUAAGAAUACACAGUAUGCUGAAAACACAAGCGAAGAGAACAAGUCCGAUAUCAGACCUCAUCAGGAAUUUGCAGAAGCCAUUUUCCACCAGAAGGAAAGUGGACUUUCAGGGUGAAGCAGUUUAUGCAAAAUGUUUCAUCUUAGACGAACUUCUUCCUUCCACUAAUAAAAAGAUUAAAUGUAAUCAUUUUCAAUAAUCUAAAUAAGUAUCUGUAGAAUAGGAGCAGUGUUUAAAAUGGUUAUGUCUAAUCUACAUUAGUUUAUAAGUGUGUAAAUACUGUAUGUACUACUUACAUGUAAACCUGUUUGCUUAUGUGACUUUUUGUGCAAUAAUAAAACUGUUCCUAAAAAGACA